UUUGUUGUUCUGUCCCCCUGGUACCUGGCACCUAGCAGAUGUUCUAUCAUUUGUGAAUUGAAUGUUGAAGACUCUGCAGGCGAGCCAGUGGAGGUAGAGACCGCAGUGAAAGGAUGCUGCUGGGCUGGGGGAAUGGUUUUCUGAAGUGCUGGAGCUUCUUUCAUGGCCCCUCAUCGUCGGGGGCGCAAUGCACAGGCCUACCCUGUGUUUGUAUUUCAGAAUUACAGUUAUUAAAAUAGUUUGUGCAGGCAAGAACUGGCCACAAACCAAUCAAAGAUGCAAAAUCAAGAGGCCAGAAAUAGACCUCAGUGUAUCUGGGGAUUUGUCGACAAAGGUGGCAUCUCAGAUUAGUGCAGAAAAGACAUGGUGCUCAAUAAAUGGUGCUGAUACCCCCGGCUGACCUUUUGGAAAAAGGUAAUGCAGACUCUCUGCCUUAUUCUUUACAACAGUAUCAAUCCAGGUCAAAGCAUGUUAACGUCUUUAAAAGACUACAGUACAGAAAAUUUUAGAUGUGGAACAGUAGUCACAGUCAUAUAAUAAACCCCCAAGUCCAGCUUCACCAGUUACUGGCCAGUUACAGCCAAUCUUCUUUCAUCUGUGCCCACACUCAUUUCCCUUCUCCUUCAUUAUUUGGAAGCAGACCUCUAAAAGAUACAUGCUCUUUACCCCCAUAAUCUCGAUACCCUUAUCACAUUUAAAAAAUAGUGUUAAUUCCUUAAUAUCACUGAGUAGUGUUCAUCUCUCUAAUAUCUGUCUCUCUCUUUAGGUGUUUCAGCUUGUUUGCAUCAGGCUACAAAUAAGACCAUACGCUGUGCUUUGUUUAUGUGUCUCUUCAGUCUCUCAAUCUGUAGGUCCCCAGCCCCAAAACUCUUUGAUUUACUACAGUUUCCUCGUGCACAUUUCCUUCUUGAGACCUGCAGUCAGCGAUUUCUCCAGGAUGCCCUGCUACUUUUUAGUGGAAGGUGGUAUUUCAAGACCACUGUCUCAGAGCUAUCAGUGCUAGCUCUGAGUGGUUGGUCAUUGUUUCUAGACAGAAAGAAGAAAUUGUUUUAAGAUAAAAUGAUCUUGUGUGUGUAUCGAUUCACCUUCAAAACUGUAAAAUUGACUUCUUAGGUCUUACAUCUGUACUUUCUUCUUCCUAAGUUUAGAAUCUUGGUUGUCAACAACUCCAGAUAUGAUAGAAUUAGAAUAUCACAUAAUGACUCAUUGGCUUUAUCCCGCAAUAGACAUGCAACAGUUUCAGAAUAACAAUGCCAGCACUGCCACUACCAGUAUGAGGGUCAAAAGCAAUUUAAGGUGAUAUCCGACAUCCAAAGCAUGUCCAACAGACGGAUGUGGCUGCAACACUGGCGAUAGCACUUGGCUUACCGAUUCCAAAAGACAGUGUAGGGAGCCUCCUAUUCCCAGUUGUGGAAGGAAGACCAAUGAGAGAGCAGUUGAGAUUUUUACAUUUGAAUACAGUGCAGCUUAGUAAACUGUUGCAAGAGAAUGUACCGUCAUAUGAAAAAGAUCCUGGGUUUGAGCAGUUUAAAAUGUCAGAAAGAUUGCAUGGGAACUGGAUCAGACUGUACUUGGAGGAAAAGCAUUCAGAAGUCCUGUUCAACCUGGGCUCCAAGGUUCUCAGGCAGUACCUGGAUGCUCUGAAGACGCUGAGCUUGUCCCUGAGCGCACAAGUGGCCCAGUACGACAUCUAUUCGAUGAUGGUGGGGACUGUCGUGGUUUUGGAGGUUCUCACCCUGCUCCUGCUCAGCAUCCCACAGGCACUGCACAGAAAGGCUGAGCUGGAAGUCCCACUGUCAUCUCCUGGGUUUUCUCUGCUCUUUUAUUUGGUGAUCCUGGUUCUUUCGGCCGUUCACGUCAUUGUGUGCACCUCAGCUGAAAGUUCGUGCUACUUCUGUGGCCUCUCGUGGCUGGCGGCAGGUGGGGUGAUGGUGCUGGCCUCGGCGCUGCUGUGUGUGAUUGUGUCUGUUCUGACCAACGUGCUCGUGGGUGGAAACACCCCAAGGAAGAACCCCGUGCAUCUCGGCUCAAGGUGGUCAGAGCUAGACCUUCUUAUUCUGUUGGGGACGGUGGGCCACGUCUUGAGCCUGGGCGCCAGCAGCUUUGUGGAGGAGGAGCACCAGACCUGGUACUUCCUCGUGAACACCCUGUGUCUAGCUCUGAGCCAAGAAACCUACAGAAACUACUUUCUGGGAGAUGACGGUGAGCCUCCAUGUGGCCUCCAUGUGGAACAAGGGCUUGACGGGGCCACAGCAACGUGGCAGGACGGGCCUGGCUAUGAUGUGCUGGAGCGAGACAAAGGCCACAGAAGCCCCUCUACCUCCAAAGUGCUCAGAGGCCGCGAGAAGUGGAUGGUGCUGGCCAGUCCGUGGCUAAUACUGGCCUGCUGCCGGCUGCUGCGCUCCCUAAACCAGACAGGUGUGCAGUGGGCUCACCGGCCUGACCUCGGCCACUGGCUCACCAGCUCUGACCACAAAGCCGAGCUCUCUGUCCUGGCUGCCCUCUCCCUCCUCGUAGUUUUUGUGCUAGUGCAGAGGGGGUGCUCUCCUGUGUCCAAGGCUGCCCUGGCGCUGGGGCUGCUGGGCGUCUACUGCUACCGGGCGGCCAUUGGGAGUGUCCGGUUCCCGUGGCGGCCGGACAGCAAGGACAUUUCCAAGGGUAUUAUUGAAGCUCGUUUUGUUUAUGUCUUUGUCCUUGGCAUUCUGUUCACGGGCACCAAAGACUUACUUAAAUCUCAAGUCAUUGCUGCAGACUUCAAACUCAAGACUGUAGGUUUAUGGGAGAUAUAUAGUGGAUUAGUUCUUCUGGCAGCCUUGCUCUUUAGACCACAUAAUCUUCCGGUCUUAGCAUUUAGCCUCUUGAUUCAGACUCUAAUGACUAAAUUCAUCUGGAAGCCCCUGAGACACGAUGCAGCUGAGAUUACUGUGAUGCAUUAUUGGUUUGGUCAAGCAUUCUUCUAUUUUCAGGGCAACUCCAACAACAUUGCCACCGUGGACAUCUCCGCAGGCUUCGUGGGCUUAGACACCUACGUGGAAAUCCCAGCCGUGCUCCUGACAGCGUUUGGGACGUACGCAGGGCCUGUGCUGUGGGCCAGCCACUUAGUGCACUUCCUGAGCUCAGAAACACACAGCGGUUCAGCACUGAGUCAUGCUUGCUUCUGCUACGCACUGAUUUGUUCUAUUCCAGUUUCCACAUAUAUCAUUUUGGUGACAUCUCUGCGUUAUCAUUUAUUUAUAUGGAGUGUAUUUUCUCCAAAACUUCUCUACGAGGGAAUGCAUCUGCUCAUUACAGCUGCUGUCUGUGUAUUCUUCACGGCAAUGGAUCAAACCAGACUCACACAGUCUUAGACUAAGCUAAACACUGGAAAAAUAAUACAUGCUUAAAGUCUGCUGUUAUUCUAAAAUGAAAGAUGUGAAUUCAACAAAGUUGAUGAAUAACUUUAAUUUCUUUGACUGCUGUACCUGAAUUUAGACUAAGCAGUUAAUAGUUUAAUAAAAGAUCACUUUAAUAUACA